AUGCCACUUCGCCGGCUGGCACCUGUCUGCUGCUUGCUUGUGCUUCCACGCUGUUGUGGCCCAUUGCAAGCUAUGUUUAGAUCUGCUAGACCACUUGUGGGUGUCGCUUCUAUACCAUUACGACAGAAGAUGACUGAGGUCGAGAAGGCGAAGGCUGCAGUCCGAGAAAACGACACAAUUUUUGGGAAAAUAAUACGGAGAGAAAUCCCAGCAAAAAUAAUUUUUGAGGACGAGGAGGUUCUAGCUUUCCAUGAUGUCUCGCCACAAGCUCCUGUGCACUUUCUUGUGAUACCUAAGAAGAGGUUGGCUAUGUUACAAGAAGCUGAAGAUACGGACCAAGCUCUGCUGGGGAAACUGAUGUUGACUGCGGCUAAGGUAGCUCGUGAUCUUGGCCUUGAAAAUGGCUAUCGGGUAGUGGUAAACAACGGGAGGGACGGUUGCCAGAGCGUGUUUCAUCUGCACCUUCAUGUUCUUGGUGGACGUCAGCUCGGAUGGCCACCUGGAUAA